AUGCUGUAUCAUGGACUUGAUGACGAUUUGCUGCCUAGUGCUGAUGAGGAUAUCACUUCUACAAGCCAGAUGGAGGAGACUGCCGCAACUGGAAAGAUGCUAUCGAGCUAUUCGAUCAAAGAUGGCCAUGGCAUUUAUUCGGGCUUUGUAACAGGAAAGAGUACUGAGGCUGCCAUAUUUCCCAUGGCCAUACAUGUGAAUCAGACACUAGACCGCAUUCCCGCCGAUGUUGUCCUCGAGGAGCACGACGCCGCUCGUGAGAAGAUUGAGGAUGCCUAA